AUUUUUUUCAAAUGUUAUUACACUUUGAAUCGUUAAGCAGCCUCUGCUUUCAAUCUCAUAAAAUGCUCUUAUAUUUGCUUUGGACAUUACCGUUUGGCCAUAUUUGUCUCAAUCCCAUUUUAAAAUUAGAAUGAAAACAAAUGAUAAGCUACGACACAAAUAUCACCUCUUCUCGCCCUUUUAUACUACACAAUUCAUCAUCGUCAUCUUCUUAUCAUAAUCUCCCUAACUUGGAAUCUAAAGCUCCAAAAUUCAACCUUUACGCCUUUACUAACAACCAAAAAUGCAAUCCGGCCGCUCAUAAAAUAAACUCAAAUGCAAUAGCUGACAACCAUCUCCAAUGGCGCCAGACCCUCCAUUUCUCCCUCCUCUCCCCCUCCUCCUCCUCCCUGCUUUGCUCCUCUUCUCCCAAUCCACAGCACAAACAGAGGAUAAGCAGAUUUUGCUUAAAAUCAAGGACGAAUGGGGCAAUCCUCCCUCCCUCAGCUCCUGGAACUCCUCAGGUGACCACUGCAGCUGGCUGGGAAUCCAAUGCGCAGUAGGCGGCGGCGACGCCGUCGCCGGCAUUUCCAUCCCCAGCAUCAACCUAACCCGACCGAUCCCUUCGUCCAUUUGCAACCUCCAUGGUCUCACCCACCUCGACCUCUCCUUCAACAACAUCCCUGGCCCCUUUCCCUCUGUUCUCUACAACUGUUCCGCUCUCCAAUACCUCGACAUCUCGCAAAACCUCUUCUUCGGCCAGCUCCCCGCUGAUAUCGAUAGGAUGCCGCGAAACCUUACUGACUUGAUUCUGUCCGCCAACAACUUCACCGGCGACAUCCCUACCUCUAUUUCCCGGCUUCCGGCAAUCAAAAGACUCCACCUUGAUUACAAUCUCUUCGAUGGCAUCAUUCCAUUGGAAAUCUCGAAUCUUUCGACACUCGAGUCGCUCUGGCUCGCAGCCAACCCUUUUCUUCCGACGAGCAUUCCGGAGGAGUUCGGGAACUUGACCGGCCUUACCUUUCUGUGGAUGGCGAAGAUGAGUUUGAAUGGUCGGAUUCCUGAAACUCUCGGAAAGAUGGAGAAUUUAGAGCAUUUGGACCUUGCUAUGAAUUCGCUCACCGGAGAGAUUCCAGCGAGGAUUUGGAUGCUGAAGAAGAUGAAAAAAUUGUAUUUAUAUGCAAACAAACUUACCGGAGGGAUCAGUGAAUCUAUUGGGGGCGAGGGACUGGUGGAGAUAGAUGUUUCCACGAAUAAUCUCGCCGGAACGAUACCGGAAGUCAUUGGCCAGCUCAGGAACCUCUCCAUAUUAUUCUUGUACUUUAAUCAGUUCUCCGGUGCGAUUCCGGCGAGCAUUGGCAAGCUACCUAAGCUCACUGAUAUCCGUCUCUUCAACAAUAGGUUUACAGGUAUUCUACCACCUGAGUUGGGCAGAUAUUCAAAGCUAGCAAAUUUAGAGGUGGACGACAACGUGAUCGCCGGUGAACUGCCGGAGCAUCUCUGCAAUGGCAAGGCGCUGACUUCUCUAAUCCUGUCGGACAACAUGCUAAUCGGAAACAUACCGGAAUCAUUAGGUAGCUGCUACACGCUUCUUAGUCUCCAUAUUCAAAACAAUGGCUUCUCAGGCGAAUUCCCGGCCGGAAUUUGGUCAGCGCCGAAUCUCUCCGUCGUGAUUGCGCGGCGAAACUCGCUCACCGGCUCUCUCCCGAAUAAACUGCCGCGGAAUCUGACGCUAUUGGAUAUUCGAAACAAUCAAUUCAUAGGAAAAAUUCCUUCUUUGGCAGGCAACCUCAGAAUGUUCAACGGCGACGGUAAUAAAUUUUCUGGCGAACUUCCGGCGAACUUUUCCGAAAUUCCUUUCCUGCACGUUCUCUCCCUGGGCAACAAUCAGAUCACCGGCAAAAUUCCAGCAACAAUCGGAUCAUUAAAAUUCCUCAACCAGCUUAAUCUUACAGGCAACCUCCUCUCCGGUGAAAUCCCAGAAUCCAUAGCAGCCAUGCCGGUGCUCAACUCCAUCGACCUCUCUGUUAACCAUCUCUCAGGCCAGAUUCCUCCGACCCUAGGCAGCCUCAAGCUCAAUUUCCUCAACCUCUCUUACAAUUUCCUCACCGGCGAGAUCCCAAUCGCAUUACAGAAUCAAGCCUACGACCAAAGCUUCCUCUCAAAUCCAUCUCUUUGCGCCUCCCAAACCCUCACCGAGCUCCCAACUUGCAGAGACCAAUCGAUCAGUCAUACUAAAAUCUCCAUUACUCUUCUCAUCCUCGGAUUCUUCCUCUUCGUCGUCGUUGUCGCCCUCUCUGCCUUCUUAUACAGAGAGCACUGCCGUUCUAAGAGCAUCAAUUACGACUCAUCGGCCUGGAAGCUCACCGCAUUCCACCCCGUAGACUUCAGCGAAUCAGCAAUCACCCGUGGGCUCACCACCAGAAACCUCAUCGGAAGCGGUGGCGGUGGUAUGGUAUACCGCGUCUCCCUCGGCCGCAAAACGGUGGCAAUCAAGAAAGUAUGGAACCUCCAGAAGCUCGACGCAAAGCUCGAAAAGGAGUUCGAGGCUGAAGUGAAUAUCCUCGGCUCCAUUCGCCACGCAAACAUCGUGAAGCUCCUCUGCUGUGUUUCCGGCCCGAACUCCAAGCUACUCGUAUACGAAUAUGUAGAGAAAGGCAGCCUCGACAGCUGGCUCCACCGCCGGCAACGCGAUCACUACCGGCGGCCGUCUCUGAGUUGGCCAAAGAGACUGAAAAUAGCCGCUGGAGUGGCAAAGGGACUCUGCUACAUGCACCAUGACUGUUUUCCGGCGGUGAUCCACCGCGACGUGAAGUCAAGCAACAUACUGCUCGACCACGAAUUUCAGGCCAAGAUUGCUGAUUUUGGGCUUGCCCGGAUUCUAGCGAGGGGAGGCGAGCCGGAGACGGCGUCGGUGGUGGCGGGAUCAUUCGGGUAUAUGGCUCCGGAGUAUGCGGCGAUGAGGAAGGUGAACGAGAAGGUGGAUGUGUACAGCUUCGGGGUAGUGUUGCUAGAGCUGGCGACGGGGAGGGAGGCAGGGGACGGAGGGGAUGACGAAGAGGGGAACCUUGCGGAUUGGGCAUGGCGGCGGUAUAGGGAUAGAGGUGGGGAGAUGGGGAAGAUGGUGGAUGAGGAGGUAGUGAGUGGGUCGCCUGAGUUUAGGGAGGAGGCGGAGGUGGUGUUUAUGUUGGGGAUAAUGUGCACGGGGCGGGAGCCGGCGGGUAGACCGACGAUGAAGGAAAUAUUGCAGGUGUUGACGAAGCUGGAGCGCGGCCGCGGUGGGGUUGGUGAAAAGUGUGAUGGUGGGGAACUGAUAAAUGGGAAGAGGAGGUUCUCCAAGCUUGCGGAAGAGAGAAAAGAUAGUGAGUUAGGCUUUUGUGUCUUCUAA